AUGACUCCAGCCACUCUUCAGCAGGAACAAACAAACAAGCAGGAGAGUUUGCCUCGAUCUCAAUGUGUGAAAAUGAAGUCUCAGUCAACCAUGAUUUGCUGUUUAAUGUUAUUUCUGACCACAGAAUGUUCUCAGUAUAGAGCCAAGAUCCACAUAAAAGAUGGAGAUAAACAUCAACAUCUUGAAGAGAAACCCAAGACUGGAAGGAUACAAGAGAAAUGUCAUGGUCCUUGCAUCACUUCAUCCAACUGCAGCCAGCCCUGUGCUCACCCCUUUCGUGGAGAAAUAGGAUUUACAUGUAAUCAAAACAUGUGGCAAAAAUCAACUGAAACAUGUACAAGCCUUUCUGUGAGAAAGCUCUUCCAGGACGUAAACAGUGCAUCACGCCUUUCGGUGGCAGCACCCUUAUUUCCUCUGCGUAUUCUUGACUUUCGCGCUCCGGAGCCCAUGGAGAGCGUGGUGCAGGGAAUCCGCAGGAGCUGCCCGCAGGACUACGCCUGCAUCAUCGAUGCGGUGAAAUCCUCAGAAGCCACGUCUGGAAAUAUCGCUUUUAUUGUGGAGUUGCUAAAAAACAUCUCUACAGACUUGUCUGAUAAUGUGACCCGAGAGAAAAUGAAGAGCUACAGUGAAGUGGCCAACCACAUCCUCGACACAGCAGCCAUUUCAAACUGGGCUUUCAUUCCUGACAGGAACGCCAGCUCAGAUUUGCUGCAGUCGGUGAAUUCCUUCGCCCGGCAACUCCACCUCCGCAAUGCAUCUGAGAACAUUGUGGAUGAGCCCUUCAUUCAGACGAAAGGGUUGAUGUCUUUUUCCAUUCUAAUGUCCCCCAUAUCUAUAGAUGACAAAAUCCUGGACUACAUCACCUGCAUUGGGCUCAGUGUCUCCAUCCUUAGCUUGGUUCUUUGCCUGCUCAUUGAAGCUACGGUGUGGUCCCGGGUUGUUGUGACAGAGAUAUCAUACAUGCGCCACGUGUGCAUCGUGAACAUAGCCGUGUCGCUCCUGACUGCUAAUGUGUGGUUCAUCAUAUCCUCCAACUUUAGCAAAAAGGCCCAGGACCACAACUGGUGUAUUGCAAUGACAUUUUUUAGCCACUUUUUCUACCUCUCUCUGUUUUUCUGGAUGCUCUUCAAAGCCCUGCUCAUCAUCUAUGGAAUAUUGGUCGUUUUUCAUAGGAUGAUGAAGUCCCGCAUGAUGGCCAUUGGCUUUGUCAUUGGCUAUGGGUUCCCAUUGAUCAUCGCCGGCACCACCGUUGCUAUCACAAUGCCAGAGAAAGGCUACAUGAGACACGAUGCCUGUUGGCUUAACUGGGACAACACCAAAGCCCUUUUAGCAUUCGCCAUCCCAGCCUUGGUCAUCGUGGCUGUGAAUCUUCUUGUGGUUUUGGUUGUUGCGGUCAACACUCAGAGGCCCUUUAUCGGCAGUUCCAAGUCUCAAGAUGUGGCCAUAAUUAGGAGGAUCAGUAAAAACGUUGCCAUCCUCACCCCACUGCUGGGACUGACCUGGGGUUUUGGAGUAGCCACUCUCAUCAAAGGCAAUUCCUUGAUAUUCCACAUAAUCUUUGCCCUGCUCAACGCUUUCCAGGGGUUCUUCAUCUUGCUGUUUGGAACCAUUAUGGAUCACAAGAUAAGAGAUGCUUUGAGGAUGAAGAUGUCUUCACUGAAGGGACCAACAAGAGUAGCAGAGAAUGCAUCAUUAAGCCCAACCAAUGGAUCUAAAUUAAUGAAUCGUUGAAGAUGAGAUGUGAGUAUUAAAAACUCAAGGAGAACCUUCACCUGCAAGUUGUGACAGACCACUCAGUGCCCCUUGUGAGCACGCUCUUCCCUACUCAGCGAUGCUGGAGUGAGGUGGGAAGGGAAUAGAUGGACGUACCCUCCAGAGAACAGAAACGUCUUGACCGACCAGCACAUAAAUGAAAAUAUGCACAUCUUCUUUAAAACCUACAGAUCCAAGUCAAAGCACACUUGUUUCUGUCCUCAAUGAGCGGAUGCUGCCAUCACACCUGCACUGAUACAGGAUACACCCUUAGGCGCUCACACACCUAAUUCCAUCUUGGCAGUGAGUGGUGACCCUUACAAUAGACGGAUUGUCCAGAAGGAAGACUUCGUUGAUUAAAAUCACAAAGCAGCAAGCCUGUCCCUCCAUAAUGAAGUUAGGGCCAGAAUCAUUCCUAAGGGGGCGUGGGUGGAGUUGCAUCAAACUAGCUGUCUACUCACAGCCAACCUAUGAGACAUUUCUACACAAGGGAAAACAAAUAUUAGGCAUCCAUGAAGGAAGAACAAGUCACAAAAUGGCAGGCUAAAGCCUGAGCAGUAAUAGGGGAAUGAGGGCAGGAAUGAUCAGUCUUGGUAAGGUUUCGUCUUGGAGAGUUUAUGGCCUUUCUUCAUGGAUGUUGAUGGGUCUCGGGUUUUGUUUUUAAGAACCACCUGGCAACAAGCACAUCCUCUUUUUUAAAAAAUGUAUUUUAUUGAUUUUUUACAGAGAGGAAGGGAGAGGGAUAGAGAGUUAGAAACAUCGA